AUGCCAUGGACCCUGGCGCCCCUGGCCGCCCUCCUCGGCGCGGCGGGCGCCGCCGCCCCAGAUGUGGCGCCCGCCUAUGCGCUGCGCGACGGGCGGCGGCUCCCGGCGCUGGGCCUCCGGGCCCCGCCCGCUCUGCUGCGCUGGGCCUUUGGUGGCAGGGUGGCUGCGCGGAUGGCUGAGACGGAGCAUCGCGCAGUGUCGGAGACGGUGAAGGAGCGGGAGACUGGGCAGAGCCGGAAUGAGGUCUUCGUGUCCUCCUGGGUGACGGCGCAUGGCUUUGACGAAGCCCAUCGUGCGAUGCGGAGCAGCUUGAGACAGCUGAGGUUGGAUUACGUGGAUUUGUUGGUCAUGGCCUCUGUUUGGGACGGGAAGCUGAUGGAAACCUGGGAUGCCAUGGUGGAGAUGAAGAAGAUGGGCUUGGUGAGGUCCUUGGGAAUCCGAGAUUUUGAUGUGCAUCAUCUGGAAGCCUUUCAAUCGCACGGUCGCGAUCUGCCCGAAGUCUUACAGCUGGACCUGGAUCCCUUCAAUCUGCCCGAAAGGCAAGAGCUACUUCAGUGGUGCAAAGCUCGACAGAUUCAAAUCCAGGCGACGGGAUCCCUGUCCAGUUUGGAAGAGGCGACGGUCUCCUUGGCCCCGAUGUCUUCUAACAAAAACAAGAGUGUGGCGCAGCUCUUGCUCCGUUGGGGCUUCCAAAUGGGCUUUCAGCUCAUCCCCAAGAGCAGCAAGAAGGAACAUAUCGAAGAGAAUUUCCAGAUCUUCGACUUCGAACUGACAAAGAAGGAGAUGACCUUCAUCUCUCAGUUAGAAGCCCGUCCUUUGAACCGCUCCCAGCUCGAUGUGCGGCUGGGAGACACCAAUCUGAUUGCAGAGGUGGAGAAGGACUUCACGGUGUAUGGAGAGGAGUGCAAGUUUGGAGGUGGAAAGGUGCUGCGCGAAGGGAUGGGGCAAGACAUUGGCAUCAAGGGGAACCGCAUUGUGGGCAUUGGAAAGGCACGCCCAAGCUGGGUCACCACCGAAGCCAUUGCUGGCGAGGGCAUGAUUGUGACUGCUGGUGGCCUGGACAUGCAUGUGCAUUGGAUUUGCCCGCAGCAAAUCGACGACGCGAUUGCUUCGGGGCUGACCACCAUGUAUGGUGGAGGCACCGGCCCUGCGACGGGGACGAAUGCCACCACCUGCACACCGGCACCCAGCCAGGUCGCCAUGAUGCUUCAAGCGACAGACACGUAUCCCUUGAACUUCGGCUUCUCCGGAAAGGGCAACACCUCGGAUCCCACGGGGCUCAAAGAAGUGAUCAAGGCUGGGGCAGCUGGGCUCAAGCUGCACGAGGAUUGGGGAACGACCCCGGCGGUGAUCGACACGGCACUCACCUUCGCGGACGAGAAUGACAUUGCCAUCACGAUCCACACGGAUACCAUCAACGAAUCCGGCUUCGUUGAUGACUCCAUUGCAGCAAUGAAAGGUCGGACCAUCCAUACCUACCACACGGAGGGUGCUGGUGGUGGGCAUGCGCCUGAUAUCAUCAAGGUCUGUGGCCUUCCCAACGUGUUGCCGUCCUCCACGAAUCCGACACGACCCUUCACCACCAACACCAUGGAGGAGCAUCUGGAUAUGCUGAUGGUUUGUCACCACCUUAACAAGAACAUCCCCGAGGAUGUGGCCUUUGCGGAGAGUCGGAUCCGCGGGGAGACGAUCGCUGCAGAGGACAUCUUACAUGACAUGGGCGCGAUUUCAAUCAUCUCCUCCGACUCCCAGGUGUUGCCUCUUGAGACACAUCACAUCUAUAUCCCCCAAAACACGGCGAAGCCGCCGUCGCAGCUCGGAUCCGCGAUUCAUCUGCGGUGGAUGUCUCAAGGGAAGCGCCGACCGGCGAGCCAAAAGUUGGAUCAUUUGACCGGGGCCCGGUUCUUGGCCUCGCUGUGGAUCGUGUGCGGGCACUUCGCGCCGCGUUUGGAGGAGACGGCCUUUACUGUGGCGAGACAUCGAGGCAAUGCAGCUGUGAACUUCUUCAUCAUCAUGAGUGGUUUCGUGACGCACUGGGCCUAUGCGCAGCGUCUGAGCUCUUGCAAUCGAGAUGAGCUGGUCCGCUUCUUGGUGCGCAGGAUGGGUCGAGUGGUUUUGACCACCUGGUUCGCCAUGCUCUUGGGCCUGGGCGUCUUGCUGGUUCAGCUGCGAGGCCAUACCCCCGAUCUGGGCCACGUGCUGCGGUGCUUUCUCUUCGUGGAAACCUGGCGCGAUCCACUGGACUGGUGUCCCAAUGGGCAGACCUGGACCGUGGCAGCACUUCUCCCAAGCUGGCUGCUCUACCCUGUGACGCUGCAGGUGAUCUUAGCUCUACGCGACACAGGACGCGGAGCACUGGCGCUUGGUGCCAUGAUCCUGGUGCUUUUUUCAGUAGGGCCUUUGAUCUGGGCCUACUGCCAGCAAGGGUUUUGGCUCAGCAACGAGCAGGGCAUUUGGAGCUACAUCUGGCCGCCUUCGCAAGUCCCCGACUUUGCGCUGGGCGCGGUGGCUGCGGAGAUGGCGCGCACAGGCAGCGGCUCGGGCCUCUUGGCCGAUGCUUGUAUGCUACUGGUGGCGCUCUGCUGCUUCUUGAUCCCCUCCUCUGGAGCCCGGGAGGGCUGGGAGCCCUUCUUUGGCCAUGCGCUGUCGCCCCUCUUCGCUGGUUUCCUCAUUUGCUCCUCUGCGAAGACCUCCACCGGAUCGAUGGGGGGCGAGGCCGGAUCGGUGGCGCGGCUGCUGAAGCAUGAGGCCUUGGUGGCGCUGGGGGAGUUCAGCUUUGAGGUCUAUCUCUUCCAAUAUCCAAUCCAUGAGCUUUUUGUGGCAGCUGGUGACAUUUCUGGCGCCUUCAGCAUGAGGAACAGCAGUGGUGCCUACAACAACAAUUCGUGUGGCUUCGUGGUCUUCGUCUUUUGGCUUUGGCUCUUGGCUGGGCUCUACUGCCGUUUUAUCGAAGCACGCCUGGUGGAGUGGCUCCGGCAGAUCACGGAGAGCCCCAAAGCGAGCCAUCCCUACGAGGAGAUGGAGCUGCGUCGUGCCGCCGCUGUGAGCCGCUGUGCACCGACUCAGCCACGUGGUCGACACCGACUCCGCCGGGCGCGGCCGAAGCGGCUGCGCGGCCGUCCUCCCGUCUUCGCGGACACCGAGCCGACGGUGCGACCGGAGCGAUCGACGAGACGAGGAGAGAGCACCGGAGACGAAAAGGACCGGAUGAGAGGGCGAGGAGAUGUGGCAACAGCGCGUGGAAAAGAACAGCCGUCGGCCGUCGGCUUCCCUUGGAUCCCUGGAUGGCAUGAAGUCUUUCGGCUGGACUCCUUUGGAUGGAUGAAGCUGCAACGUGGGCCUCUACCCGAAGACACGGCCAAUGACAACACGCGCAUCAAGAGAUACAUCGCGAAGUACACGAUCAACCCGGCCCUGGCCCAUGGCAUGGCACAUGCCAUUGGCAGCCUGGAGGUGGGGAAGCUGGCAGAUAUUUGUCUCUGGCAGCCAGCUUUCUUUGGAUCCAAGCCAGAGAUGGUCAUUAAGGGAGGGACCAUCGCUUGGGCUCAGAUGGGAGAUCCCAAUGCAUCGAUCCCCACGCCACAGCCCGUGCUCAUGCGACCCAUGUUCGGCAGCUUUGGAAAGGCCGUUGGUGAGGGCGCUUAG